UGCUGUCGUGCGUGAAGUUUGUAGCAUGUGAUGUUUCGUGAAAAGUGUUAAUUUUUUAGGAAAAAAUUAAGAAUUAGUGGAUUGUGCUGUGAUUAAAAGUGCUAAAAAGAUUCUUGAGUGUGCUACUGACGGUGUUUAAUGUGCAUACAGCGGCAAAUUACCCAUAAAAAUAUUACAUGGAUAAAGCCGUCACUUGAGGUUGUUAAGAUAUGGAGUCGCAUAUUUUGAAUAUGUAUCAUCAAGCUCGUUAUAGAACUAUCGGUCAUAAAAUAAUGCGUUCAAUGAGUGAAUCACUGUCAUCUGAGGGUAGUUGUAACCAAAAUAGUCCAGAGUAUUCACAGGAGCAAGCGUCGAGCCAAUAUGAAGAGGAAAGCAAUGAGGGUGAAUAUUGGGACCCUCAAGAUAACAAUUUAUGGAGUCAAAAUCAAAAGAUAAACAUAACACAAAAUCAUGAUUCAAGUAUAGAUGAAGAUGAAAAUAUAGAUGUACAGGAAAUAUCAAUUGAUGAAAAGACUCUGGACUCCUCCGAUCAUGAGGUGGAAGCUGACUCGAUGGAGGAUAACUCACUGGUAGAGGGUGCAGACUAUGAUGUCAUUCAAGUUUUUGCAGUUGAUCCCGACUUAGAUCUAGAAUGCUCCUCAGAUGAGGAAGAUCAAGAGGAACAAUAUGAAAAUGCAAAUGACGAUACCAUAGAUGAUGGAGAAUAUAUAAAUAUAGAAGAUAAACCAAACUAUCCUCAAGCUGACAAUCUUUAUAGAUACCGUCAGAACUCAGAGGGCAGUAUAUGUCCAGACAAUUUAGGCAUAAAUUUAGAUACACCAGUAGUUUCAAAUGUCGACGAGUAUUUUAUAAAAGAAAACAAAGAUAAAGAUAAGGAUAUACUGGAAGUAAAAGAUGAGCCUGUUGUUCUAGAUGUUGAUGAGUAUUUCAUUAAAAAUGUCAAAGAACCCACAAUACCAGCUAUUGUGGAUGAUUUGUUAAUACCUACGAAGAUACCAGAGGAUCCUGAUUUUCGGAUAGCAAAAGUGGUCCCUAAUGUGGAGGAAUUUUUUACAGAAACAAAUGAAAAAAAAGUUGUGGAAGAGAUUGUUCCACAAAUAAUUGAAUCUGUUAAAGAUAUUCAAGUUGAUACGGAAGAAUUGGAACCAGAAGUCCCUCUUAAUGAGGCUGAUUUAGAAGUACUGCCCAAUAUUGAAGACCUGAAGAGAUAUUUAUUAGAAGACAUACCUUAUAAUAAAUUGAAAAGUGUACAAAGGUCAUGCUCUGUGCCACACUCCCCGAUGCACAACAUCUGUCUAGAUAUAGAUGCUAAGACUUGCUUAAGCUUUGAGGAUUUGAAUCUUGAUUUGUCAGACUUGUCCUUUGAGAAUGAUAAGGACAAAUCACACAACAGUACAAAGAGUGAUGAUAUUCCUAGAGCACUAACAGAGGAAGAUGUGAAUAGUUUCCUUAUAACACCAAACAGUGCAAAACCAACAUCAACUGCUAUUGCUGUUAAAGAGGAAGAUGAUUUGUCCCCUCAAGAUAUGGAAAUAGAUAGGCCCAUUGAAUCAAUAAUAAGCAGUAUUGAACAAUCACCUGUUUUAAAACCGGCUAUACCCCCGAAAGCCAUUACGACGAAACCUCCGAGAGUACUCGACUUUUGUAUAGAAAAGACGAGUUUCAAAAAGGAAAAAGACGUGAAACCGGAAGAUGAUUUUGUAGACAUAGAAUCGUGCAAUGAAACCGUCAUACCAGUUCUAGAGGCGAAUAAUUUAAAUUCGCUACUUGAACAAUUUGAAGCAACUGAGAAGUUGAAUACUAAGACCAAGAACCCAGUUGUAAAUGUGAAUGAUCAAAAAGUUAAAGUUUCCACCAGUUUAACAAAUGGCAUGCGCUUACAGGAUGCAGGAGUCCAAUUGAACAAAAAUAAGAUGAGGCAAAUUUUGAUGCCGUCGACUAUUAAUUCAACAAUUAGACGAUCCCCAAGUCCUGUGCAUUCUGACCAUGACUACUGCUCCACGAAAAAAAGGCAUAGUCUUCCGAAUAUAAAAGGUGGUCGGAGUUUGUUAAAACCUGAAGUUCUAUCAAGUAAUAACAGGAUACUGAGCUCCAGGCACAGAUCCUGUAAGGAUAAGAGAAUAAUCUACCAUCAAAGUAGUGACGAGGAAAGUGAAAAGUGCAAUGAUAUUAAGAAAAAUAAAGUUGUGAACAAUCGUGCUAGUGAAGAUGAUAGUGACAUUAAAAAGAAGACUAGUGCUAAACAGACAUUCAAAGCAAAUUCAAACAUUAACUAUCGUAAAAAGACCGAAGUAGACCCAGUGCAUUUUGCUUCGAAUGAUAUUGUCAAUAAUAAAAGUAACGGUUCUGUGAUGGUGAAAAAUGCUUCUAAAGCAAGUGAUACUGCAAGUAGUCAAAAUUCAAAUAGUAGCAUUAAGUUAACUAUUAAAAAUAAGUCUGAAGUUAUAAUUAAAAACUGUGAUUCUAAGGACAAUCAUAAAAUAAAAAUUAUAGAAAAACAUAAAUCUGGUAGUGUUAGUGAAAAACCAGCUGUAGCUAAUAUUGAAAAUGUGGUUACAACUACGAGAAUAGAAGAACAACCGAAAAAUACUGUGGAACCUGAACAAAUCAUCGAAAAAAUUAAAUAUGAAGAAUCAAAGGCAGAGGAUUUCUAUGCUGCUUUAUUUACAGAUAAAAAAGAUAUGCAAAUGCCUCAGAAUAUUCCAGUGAAGUCGGAGAAAAGAAGUUAUGAUGAUGACAGUAAAAUAUCACCAGAGCCCCUGAAUGUUGUUGAAACUGAGCAGCCACAAAAGAAGAAAAAGUUAAAUCUCCAAGAGUAUAAGUUACGUCGUGGCGCAAGCUCAAACAAUAACUCGGCACAAGUUAGCCCAGAAGCGAUAUUUCCAGAAAUGCCAUGCAACAUCAUUUUAGAUAAAGUUACGAAAGCAGCAACAAGUCAGAAAUCUAACAGUGAUGAAGCAAAUUCUAAGGGUUCUGAGAAUUCUGAAGGCCCUAAGAAAAUUUUCGAUCCUAUUAGAGAAGCUUCAAGAAAAAUCCUAAUGAAUACUAAAAAACAAAAGGCUGAAGCCAUGCGGAAGAGAGAUGAGGACAUUGUUAUGAGUAAAAUACCGAAAGUUGAGAAUCUUGAACUACAACCUCUCAUCAGUGACGCUGAGAUGUUGAAGAUUGUUGGAAUGUCUACAGACCCUAUAAUACCGAUACCAAUAGCAAAUGAAAUAAUCCAACCGCCAUCAAAAGAUUAUGACGAAAUUAUUUUAGUCAGUGUUGGUACCAACACUGACGAAAAUAUGUUUCAGCAAACAGAAAUAAUACACGAAAUUAAACCACAGAAAACACAUACUCCUCCAAAGGAGAAUAAGGCGAUAAUUAAUUUCAAAAUACGAAAAUCUGAUACAGUACUCAAACAUAACGUUUUCGACCCCGUUAAAGAUGAAAGAAGCUCCGCUGAAGAUAAAGUUACAGAUAUAAAAAUAGAUGAAGAACGAUUCAAAGACAUCACAGCUACAUUAAAAAGUGUUGGGAAACAAGUCGAUACGAAAAUAUCAAGCAAUUCACUUUUUGCUAGCAUUCAAGAUGUUGUUAUGAAAAAAGCUCCCACAGUCAUACAAAAUUGUAACACCGUAGAACAAAAGCACAAACCUAAAUCGCCAGUCCAUAAACAAGAAUUCAAAUUUGUAAAACCGACGAUUGUACGCGAUUACGACGAAAAAGCUGAACACGGCGAGGACAAAGUUAUCUUACAUUUAGAAAAGAAUAGAAAGAGGCCAGAAUCGGCAGCUAUUAAUAUUCAAACAGACUCCACAGUCGAAUUCAGUCCUCUGACAGUUGAAGUUGUCGAUAAACAAGAGAUCAAAGAGCAGUCUAUUUCACCGCGUAAGAGGAACGACAGUGACAUGUCAAUGUCGAGCGAUGGAAGCCCAGUGAGAAAGCAAAUUGCUGUCAAACCAGAGGAAGCAACUGUGAAGCACAAGACCGAGGUGAAACGUGAGAAAUCGCCGGUCAAAGAGAUGCGUUCCCGCUCGAAAGAUAAACACGAAGUUAAAUACAGAAGGUCAAGGUCGCACUCUCGCGGCCACAGGCGGAAACGUUCGAGAAGUCGCACCAGAUCAAGAUCUCGCACAAGAUUCAGGCGCUAUAGACGUUCUGAUUCGCCGUACCGAAGAAAAAGACGGUCUAGAUCGCCAUAUAGAUCUAGACGGUCGCCCUCCCUCCGCAGAGAUUACCGUUCUAACCGCUCGAGGUCAAGAUCUAGGUACGCUGAAACUAAAUCUAAGAGCCCAAUUAAAAAGAAGCCUAGUCCGCAGAAAUUUGCCGAAAAGAAAAUGACGAAAUCGCUAACGCCGCCAAUAAGAAAAGCAACCGUGUCGGAAAGUUCCGAUACGUCCACUUCUUCAAGUUCAUCUUCAGGGUCGAGUUCUAGCGCGUCGUCAUCUAAGUCUCGAAGAUCUUCCAGCGCUUUCAGAAGAAAUGAUUCCAGGAAGAAGGCAUAUAGGAAAUCGUUCAGCUCUGAAGAUAGGGAGAGCAACACGCCAGUGGAAGAGAGACGGAUAGUGUUCGUGGGAAGGUUAGAGCAGGACAUAACGAAGUCGUCGUUGCGGAGUCAAUUCUCGAAAUUCGGCCCGGUCACAGAGGUUAGGCUGCACAGUAAGGAGGAUGGUACCCGCUACGGUUUCGUGACGUACCAGCGGCCGCGCGACGCGUGGUCCGCGGUGGAGGCGGCGGCGUCGUUCCCGCAGUACGACGUCGGCUUCGGCGGCCGACGCGCCUUCUGCAGGCAGAGCUACGCAGAUUUGGAUGGUCUCGAAGCGAAGUACACGGAGAGCGCCUUCCACGGGCAAGCCGCGAUCCCGCCGCGGCGCAACGACGACAUGUCCUUCGAGCAAAUGUUGCUUGAUAUAAAAAAGAAAUUGAACAAACGCAAAGGCGACAAGCGGCCGGAAGACAGCGCUUGACGAUUGCUGCACACGUCCGUUUCCGUUCUGAAGUUUGCCGCGAACGCGAUGUCCCAGCUUCUGAUGACGUUCUGAUAUGUAAAAUUUGACAGCUCACAUGGAACGCCAAAUUCGAAAUUCGAAAUGUGCCACUUUCGCGCUCGUUUUACGUUUAUCCGUCGAUCUGACAGUUCCAAUAGCCACGUUUGUAAAGUGUCGAAUUUUCGAAACAAAUACAAAAAUACCAGUGACGUGUCAAAUUUGAUAAGUCAAGCCGUCACGUCAAAGUGACGUGGGAAAUUAAAUAGCUGUUCUGUCAGUUCGCGCGCUUUUUCCCCCGCGUUGUGCAAUUGAAAAGACAUUGUUUUUAUUUUGCUCACGAUGUACCUACUUAGAUGAAUUGUAGUACAUUUUUCUUUCGACUGUGUAAUUGUUUUUUUUUGUUUUUGUUGUAAAUAUAUAGUUUCGUUUAGCUUUCAUUGACACUACCUCUUAUGUCUAAAGUACAUGCGUUUGUAUAUAAUAAAGUUUCGCAAGAUACGAGACAGUUUGUGAGACGAUGAUGGUCAUUCGACAGUCAUUUAACCAAAUCGCCGAUCUGUCUUAAUUAUAAAAGAGGCUUGUAAUUUAAAAUGCAUAUAUUUUAAACGGAAUACGCUUUGUAAAUAUAAUUUGCAAAUUAUAUGUAUAAAAUCCAUCCAUCACUCGUUGUAAAUCGAUGUUUUUUUCUAAAAUCUUACAGAUGUAAUGUUACCAUCGUCUUUAAGCAAAUUCUGACAGCCAACUUCAAUGAGCUAAUUACGUUUUAUAUUAAAAUUAAAGAAAAUGUUCAAUUUUAAGUAGUAUGUAUGUAUUUCAUGUUUAUUUUGCCUGAAUCUAUCAUAUAUGUAUAUUUUAAUCUAUGGUUGAAAAUCGAUCUAAAUUUUUAACUGAUCAUAUUAUUUUACAUAAAUUCAUUUUUCUAGCUUUACUGCACUAGACUAGAUAUAAAACUAAAAAAAAAAUCAAGACUUAUUAGGUUUUUUUGCGGACUGUACUGUAGGCAAAAAGAAAAUUGUUUAUAUUUGUGAAGCUAUUUACAAAUCGAUCGCUUUUAAUUAAUGCUAAGCAGUUUUAACAAUAUGCUUCCGAUUAUUGCCCGUGCCAAAUUUUCUGUUCCUAUAGCGACUGAUAAUUAAUUAGUAGUACAAUAUAGUUCGUGCCGUUAAAAAUGGCAUUAGACAGUUAUGUAUCAUUGACAUUUUUUCAAGUAAACAUUUCGUCUACGAAAUACACUGAGAAUUAUAAACCGAUACUUUUAAACGCUUUCAAUAAAUUUGGGAAUGGAAUUUAAUUUUUAACUAUAUGUAUAUAAAAUUCAAUUUCGAAGUUACUUGUCUAAUUGAGUCAAUGGAUUAUAUUUGAGUGACAAAGCAGCAACUAAUCAUGCAGAUUGAAAAAUCCGCACGCCUCAUAACGCUAUUUUAAUAUUUAGUAGAAAUUAAACGGAAUUGAUUUAAUCAACUUUUUAUAUUGAGAAUUGAUUGAUAAAACAGUGAUGCUCAUACAAUGGGCUGUCAUGAUAUUUAAAAAAAUUUUAUCAUGGUACCAAGAUAAUUAUGAAGUUAGGAAAUAAAUUUUCUAUGAAAUUUCCCAACAUGUUAGUUUAAUUGAGAUGAGCUAACAUAAUAGCUUUUGCUUUUCGCGCGUCUUUUAAUGAACAUACAUCAAUACUUUAUUCAAUUGAGCCCUUAAGUUGACCCUUUAACGCUAAAAUGAUUUGACAAAAGUUUAAUUUAAGCACUUAGGUCUGUUUUAGGUAACUAUAACCUAGUCAAUGCUACGAACGAUUUUUUCGUUGUGAUCAUAUUUAUUUUUUCGUUAAGUGUAUCAUUUUAGUUACAUUUAUUAUCUGCGCCAAUAAGAACGAAAUUUAGGCGGCAUAAAGUGCGAAUGAGACGAUUGCGAGAGCAUCAACCAACGCUUUUUAAAUUCGUUCUCUAUUGGCGCGGUUUCUAGCAUUUAAUUCUGACAGAUUAUAAACUUAAUUCUGGCAGCUUCCUCCUCUUCCAAUUUUAAAUAUUCCCUUCGAUACGCACAAAUUGAAAAUUUAUUACAGCGCCCUCUUGUGAUGCGAAAACUUUGUCAUUGAUAAGUUUAUGUCUGCAUAUUGGUAUUGCCACUGAAAUCGAGCUUCGUAGGAUAAAAUGUAAAGAAAAAAGAUAUAAAAAAUUAUGUUUUGGCUGUUCUAGAAUUAUGUUAUGCUUAUGAAUACUCUCUAGCUAAAAAAUUGUAUAUUUACUUUGUUGUAUAGUUAUGUUAAGACUUGUUAAAACGUCACUAGAACUGGUUUUCUCAUUGUAGUGACGUUAUUUACAAAAAGUUAACGGAAACAUUUCUGCUGUAGUUAUAAAUGUAAAGAACUAUCGACUUAUGUUUUUAACCUUUCGUUUGCCGUUUCGUUUUUUUUUUUAAUAAGCGACAUAGAUUUACAAAAACGCCGCAUCCAUAAAAGUUUAGUUUGAAAAAUAAUAAAAAAAAUCUAAAAAGACGGAAAAUAUGGAAAAGUCAAUUCACCGCUUGAUAUAAUCACGUUAUAAUAAGUUAGUUAUGAUGUUAUAGGAAUUGAAUAAGAACGAAUUAAGUGUAAAUAAAAGAAUGAAUUUACGCAUAGAAAGUACUCGUGUACAUUUGAAAGUCCAAUUUUAUGAUUUAAUAGGUUUUAGUGCAUUGUAAUUAACAUAGACGCAGUGAGAAUGUUUUAUACGUAAUGUUGUUGAGAAUAAAGUAUUUUGAACAAUU